AUGUUGCCCGGGCCAGAAGGCUUCAGUGCUGGGGAGAUGAUGCCACUCAUCAUGCUUUACUCCCUGGAAUAUCUGAACUCCGCAAUCUCCGCCUUCCUGUCAAAUUGUGAGGAUCACCACCUGUUCCGGUUGACGAAAUUCUACAAGGAGCGACUGGAGCAGGCGAUUGAGGAGGGUGUGGAGGGAGUCGGCUUCAUGUUAAUGGGCGAGGAUCACUUCACCGGACCAGAGUAUCACAGCGUGACUGAGCUCGCGGAGAAGGGAAAACGAGCGGGCGCUUCCAAACUCCUCCUGGAUCUGGUGAUGGAGAAGGGCUCCGGGGCCCGGAAGGUGAUGUGGGAAUCCUUUGUGAAAUUACAUCACCAUUUACCGAAGCUGAGCAGAAUAUUGGAGGAAAUACGGGAGCGAGGUGACGGCCAGUUCCCCUACAUGGACACUGAGCGGUGUUUAUCUGAAGUGCCCAAGCAUCUGAAAGAUGUUCGAAGGAAACACAUGGAGACUCUGCGGACACAAACUGAAAAACUGAGAGUGAACACGAUCCUGAUGAGGGAGAAGGUGAAGGUUUUCCAGCUGGUUGAUCGAUACGCUGAGCUCACGGUCAUUUCUACUGUUCGAGAUCGGACACUGGUGGAACAUGAGCUGCUGGCAAGAGGCAGAGACCACGAGGAGUGGAGACAGAAACAUCUCCGCAGAGAGCUGGAGAAAAUUCCCAUUGCUCAUCUAUUUCAGAAUAGUUACUCACAUAGUUUUCGGGGCAAAAUAAAAGGAUUCUUCACAAGAUCAACUUCUGGGAGUUCAGCAGCAGUGGCUGGAGUCCCGGGGAUCGGGAAAACAACAAUGGUACAAAAGAUUGUUUAUGACUGGGCCACGGGGAAAAUAUACCAACAAUUCCACUUUGUCUUCUGUUUCAAAUUCCGAGAUUUAAACUACAUUAACUGCAGAAUAAACCUAAGGGAACUAAUUCUUGAUCAGUAUCCAUACUUUGGGAAUUUACUGAGAAAGGUCUGGAAGAACCCAGAGGGAUUGCUGUUUAUAUUCGAUGGUUUGGAUGAAUUCAAACACAGAAUCGAUUUUGCUGACAGUCGGAGAGAUACAGAACCCAAACACCAGUGCCCAGAUCCCGAGUGGUGGUGUGAAGUGUCUGACAUUGUGUACAGUUUAAUCCAGGGCAAGCUGCUCCCAGGGUGUUCAGUGCUGGUGACCUCCCGCCCCACUGCGUUACAUUUAUUGGAAAAGGCUGAAAUCAGUGUCUGGGCUGAAAUCCUGGGAUUUGUUGGUGAGGAACGGAAGGAAUAUUUCAUCAGGUAUUUUGAAGAUCAGACUGUGGCGGCAGCUGUUUACAAACACGUGGAGGAGAACGAGAUCCUUUACACCAUGAGCUACAACCCCUCCUUCUGCUGGAUCCUCGCUCUGGCACUGGGCCCCUUCUUCACACAAAGAGUCAGGGACCCUCAGCGAGUUCCCAAGACCAUCACCCAACUGUACUCCUACUAUAUUUACAACAUCCUGAAAAACCACGGCCGUGAGAUUGAGAAUCCCCGUGACGUGUUACUCAGGGUUGGUCAGAUGGCCUUCAGAGGAGUGUCCGAGAGGAAGAUUGUGUUUACAGAUGGAGAUUUGAUCAAGUACAAUCUGCAGCCUUCCCAGUUCCUGUCCGGGUUCCUGAUGGAGCUUUUGGAGAGAGAGGAUUCUGCCCGGAGCCUGGCGUACACAUUCCCACACCUCACCAUCCAAGAGUUUGUAGCUGCAGUCGCACAAUUCCUGAACCCACAUCCCGGGGAUUUUCUGAAAUCCCUCACUAAUUCUCAGAAAACGACAGAUGGGCGAUUUGAGGUAUUUCUCCGUUUUGUUGCUGGUCUCUCCUCCCCAAUGACAGCUCGGGGCCUGGAGGAGUUUCUGGGUCCAUUUCCUCUUCACACAACCUGCCAGGUGAUUGACUGGGUGAGUGAAGAGGUUAAACGCCAGAGUGGAAUCACACAGAGUGAAGCUGGUAAAAGGAGCCUCCUGAACACAUUGCACUACCUGUUUGAGUCUCAGAAUCGUGGACUGGCUCAGGACGCACUGGGAUCUGUGAAAUCACUUUCAUUCCAUGGAAUGACACUGACCCCAAUUGACUGUGCGGUCCUGUCUCAUGUCAUCGGAGUAUGUGAUACAAUAAAACACCUCAACCUGGAGAAAUGCCACAUUCAGUGUGAAGGAAUCCAGCGGCUGGGACCCGGGCUGCACAAGUGCCAGGAGUUGAGACUUGGGGGGAAUGAGCUGGGAGAUUCAGGAGUGAAACUGGUGUCUGCGGCUCUGAGGAACCCGGAGUGUAAAAUACAGAAACUGGAGUUGGGGAAUGUCGGUCUCACAGAUUGUGGUGCCGAAGAUCUCGUCUCCGCUCUCAGUACAAACCCAUCAUUAACUGGUCUGAACCUGAGUGGUAAUAAACUGGGAGAUUCAGUAGUGAAACUGGUGUUUGUGGCUCUGGAGAACCCGGAGUGUAAAAUACAGAAAUUGCGGCUGGGGGGUGUCUAUCUAUCAGAUUCUGGUGUCGAGGAUCUCGUCUCAGCUAUCAUUACAAACCGAUUGCUAACGCGGCUGAACCUGGAAUCAAACUGGCUCACAGACCGAUCUAUCCCCGCUCUUCGUCGCCUUAUACAAGCACUCCCGAAUCUGGAGCGGAUCGUGCUGGCGAAGAAUCGGUUCAGUCAAACCGGGGAGAAGGAACUGAGAUCUCUCCAGGAACCCAGACCUGGACUGAGAGUGAUAUUUGAACGUCGGAAUAUGUGA